AUGGUUUUAGUUCAAGAUUUGUUGCACCCCAACCCAGCUUCCGAAGCUCAAAAGCAUAAGUUGAAGACCUUGGUCCAAUCGCCAAGAUCCUUUUUCAUGGAUGUCAAGUGCCCUGGAUGCUUGAACAUCACCACCGUUUUUUCCCAUGCCCAAACCGCCGUCACCUGUGACGGAUGUUCUUCUGUCUUGUGUUCUCCAACAGGAGGCAAGGCCAAGUUGACCGAGGGCUGCUCUUUCAGAAGAAAGUGA